CACCACGCUUGCCACCUCUUUUCAGCCAUACAUAUUUGCUAUAUCAACACCACUACUCCGGACUAGGAUUGGGACGCAAGAACAUGGCUCCUUCUUCAAGUACGCAACCGCUUUAUCACAAGGACGAGAAAGUACUGUGCUUCCACCACGAUUUGCUAUACGAAGCGAAGGUACUCGAGUCGAAAGUUAAGGACCCAAGCGACAAGAAGGAUGGCUUUAUGUACCGUGUGCACUACAAGGGCUGGAAGAACACAUGGGAUGACUGGGUCCCGCAAGAACGUCUUCGAAAGUUCACGGAUGAAAACAAGGAUCUAGCCUCGAAUCUACGCAAGGACAUGGAAGCUCAGCGAAGAGCGCAAACCGGCAAGCCAGCUUCUAUCUCUACCAAGAAGCGACCGUACGGCUCAGACCUGACAGGCUCGUCCGCGAGAGGUAGCGAGGACCGCAGCUCUGCGGUGCCGCAACCAUCGAGAGGCACUAAGCGUGGUAGGGAAAUUGAAGGGAUCGACAAGGAAGAAGACUUUGUCCGACGACCCGCUGUCCGCCUCUUCAUGCCAGACACACUGAAGUCAAUACUCGUUGAUGACUGGGAGAAAGUGACCAAAGAGCAGAAGCUAGCACCAGUACCAUCACCGACGCCGAUCACGCAAUUCCUGAACGAGUACGAGCGCUACGCUAUGAAUCAACCGCACAUCAAGCCGAACUCUGCAGAUGCAGACAUUCUGGAGGAGGUCAUCGCGGGCGUGAAAGAGUACUUCAACAAGUCAUUAGGCCGCAUUCUCCUCUAUCGAUUCGAGCGCCAGCAAUUCUACCAGACGCACAAGUUGCUUGAAGCAGGCCACGGAGAUUACGAGGGGAAGUCGUUAGUUGACAUGUACGGCUGCGAGCAUCUGCUGAGGCUAUUUGUUAGCAUGCCGGAUCUGCUCGCGCAUACAAACAUGGACGCGCAGUCGGUGAGUAGAUUGCGGGAGGAGCUGACACGUAUGACAUCGUAUCUGUCAAAGCAUCUGGAGCGCUACCUGUCGAAUGAAUACGAGCAUGCUGGGCAGGACUAUCUUGACCGAGCGAAGAACGGCACGUAGGUAGCAACUGGACGUUCAAUAUAGCGUUGGCGCGUGUGGCAGCAUAAGCGUUGGGUAUCAGUCUGAGCGGCUGGCAGGAUUUGAAUGCUAGAAGUUUUGAGCUUGUCAUUGCACAAUUCGGCCUAUCUGCCCGAGAUCUCUGUAACGGAGAUGAUUAAUGGCCAAAUCUCCAAUGAGUCGUAUCUUUGCUGCAGUUCAGACACCUGGCCUGCUUCUAGUGUUCGCACGUAGAGAGAACAUGCCUCAUCAGGAGCCCACCCUCUU